CUUAGUCAUAACUUACUUGCCUUACUGUAUAUAGCUUUUCAUAUCAAGUAGGUUAUGAACUUCUGCAGUAGGUAUUGCAAUUGUUUUUUGUUUUGACAGAGCAAAUGAUGGUAGCAAAGCAUUCUUCAAAAUGUAUGUAGUAAUGAAAUUUGUCGACAAAAUUAAUUAUUUCUUUAUGUCCAAAAUGUUGGAUUGGUGCAGUUCUUAUCAUCAAAUGAGUGCAACAAUGUGGAUAACAUUCAGUUUGAUAAUUUACAUGAUAGUUUUUAUUUUGUUGAAAAUUGUGUUUGGAAGUUACAAAGCUCACAGUGAUGUGGUGUAUGAGAUGUGUAAGGCCAUUGAAGAAAAUAACACUGUUGGUUUUGUGAAGUUAUUACAUGAACAUGACAAAUGCAUUAACAAAUUUAACGCUGACGGUUAUACUCCGUUUUUGAUCGCUUGUGCCAAUGGAAAUACUCAAUUAGUCAAACUGAUGUUGAAAAAAGGUACGCAUGCAGGACAUAUUUGACUUCCAAUGUGCUGAUGUGAAAUUGAAGUCCCGGAAGAAUGAAUCUCCCUUCUACUUAGCUGCAUUUUACUACAUACGACACCCUCAAUAUAAAAAUGCAACUUGCAUCAGAGAACUCUAUUACGCUGGUGCAAAUAUAGAUGAGCCCAAUAACAAAGGACUGACACCUCUGCAAAUGGCUGCUACAUUUGGACAUACACCACUUGCCAAGUGGUUACUGUUAAAAAAUGCGUCUAUGAAAACGACUCCUGAUCCCUAUGUUAUUGCUUGCUCACAGGGUCAUCAGGAUACUGCGUUCCUCAUUUGGAAUAUACGCAAACGGAAUUGUUUAGAUUUCAAGUGAAUGUAGAUCCAGCAAUGUGCGCUAAAUUUUAAUCACUAUUGAUUCUCAUUCAAUACAUUAUAAUCUUAAGACAAAAUUGAAACAUAUCUUUUUAAAUUUUUUAGGAUUUAUAAGUAAUGUUGAUAUGAAUAAAGUGUUUCAGAAUUUU